AAAAAGAAAAGCCAAUGAAAUGAUCCUCUUUCCUCUAUAAAAAUAUUUAGACUAUUCUCAUUAGACAGAAUCGAAAGGCAUUAUUCCUUCAAGCUUCAACGCCCCAUUGCCAUUGUGUGCGUUUGAUCUUUUACCUUAUUUAUUGUUUCUUCCAACCGUAAUUUCGAUCACCUAAACCUUUCAAGAUUUAUGAGACGUUAGGUCAACAGCUCCGAUCACGGAUAUUAUCAUUUGUCACGAGUGUUCAGAGUUUCACUGAGCAGGUCUCGUAACUCUGACGCACAGAACCUGUUAUUGGUCUAGUACUGUUCUCAAUUUUGUGAUUUUUUGUCGGAACUUCCGAUUUCCCCUUCUUAUUCGCGAUGGUUUGCUCUCUCAAACAACCUGGUAUAUCUUUCAGUUCUUCUGAUGUUGUUCUUCGGAGAAGACAGUCAAAUUCCUUUCAGUCAAGCUCAAGCUUGCUUUUACCUUCAAUGCCGAAGGGAAAAGCUGAGCAACCUCUGGUUUCAGUGCACAAACCCUUGCAUCUUUCUUCUCUGACUAAGAAAUUUUUGAAGGUGAAUAUUCCGUCAGCGGGUCCACGUGGAAAUUCGAUCAGAUGCGAAGCUUUUGAGGCAGACCGAUCAAACAUUGAAGCAAGCACGCCAUCGGAGGCAGCAAACAGGUUGAGAAUUGGAAUAUAUUUCGCAACGUGGUGGGCUCUAAACGUGGUAUUCAAUAUUUAUAACAAGAAGGUUCUGAAUGCAUACCCGUACCCUUGGCUUACUUCAACGCUCUCGCUCGCUUGUGGGUCUCUUAUGAUGUUGAUUUCUUGGGCCACGAGGAUCGUGGAGGCGCCAAAGACUGAUUUUGAGUUUUGGAAGACUCUGUUUCCGGUUGCUGUUGCUCAUACCAUCGGACAUGUGGCUGCAACGGUUAGUAUGUCAAAGGUUGCGGUUUCAUUCACACACAUCAUCAAGAGUGGUGAGCCUGCUUUCAGUGUACUGGUCUCCAGAUUUCUUCUGGGUGAGUCCUUCCCAGUACCAGUCUAUCUGUCCUUAGUGCCAAUCAUCGGUGGGUGUGCACUUGCUGCUGUGACGGAGCUCAAUUUCAACAUGACUGGUUUUAUGGGAGCCAUGAUAUCAAAUUUGGCAUUUGUUUUUCGGAACAUCUUUUCAAAACGAGGCAUGAAGGGAAAGUCUGUUAGCGGAAUGAACUACUAUGCUUGUUUGUCUAUGUUGUCUCUCUUAAUUCUCGCACCAUUCGCAGUUGCUGUUGAGGGACCACAGAUGUGGGCAGCUGGAUGGCAAACAGCCCUUUCUCAAAUAGGACCCCAGUUUGUAUGGUGGGUGGCGGCGCAAAGUGUAUUCUAUCAUCUGUAUAAUCAGGUAUCAUACAUGUCUUUGGAUGAGAUCUCUCCCUUGACAUUUAGCAUUGGGAACACCAUGAAACGAAUUUCAGUCAUAGUCUCCUCAAUCAUCAUCUUCCACACACCAGUUCAGCCCAUCAAUGCCCUUGGAGCUGCUAUCGCCAUCCUUGGAACCUUCUUGUAUUCACAGGCAAAGCAGUAGAGUCGAGGAAUUGAAGUUUCGUCAUUCAACCUACCCUGAUCUUCUCAGCCAGGGUCCAAGCAAGUUGAUUUCGAAAUGUGACAGCUGGAUUUUGGUAAAAUUAGGAUGGUCCGACGCCGUUCAUUGUAGAUAAUAACGAUGGAAAAAUAAUAAUAAUAAUGAUAAUACUGCUGAGGAAACGUCAUCUUAUACAGAUGAUUAGUUAGUAUUUCUUAAGUGAUGCAUUUGAGUUAUUAUGCUUUUGGAGUAAUAAAUGUCUGUUCUUAAUAGGCCAAGGAUAAUGUCUGAAAACAUUGUUCAUUAUGAGGUUUCAAUAAUUGAGGGCGAUAAUUUGUCUCUGUA